AUGGCGGCGCUCUACGCCUGCACCAAGUGCCACCAGCGCUUUCCCUUCGAGGCGCUGUCUCAGGGGCAGCAGCUGUGCAAGGAAUGUCGGAUUGCACACCCUGUUGUGAAGUGCACCUACUGUAGGACUGAGUACCAGCAGGAGAGUAAAACCAGUACAAUAUGCAAGAAAUGUGCUCAGAAUGUGCAGUUGUAUGGAACGCCCAAACCAUGUCAGUAUUGCAAUAUAAUUGCAGCAUUUAUUGGUAACAAAUGCCAGCGCUGCACAAAUUCAGAGAAGAAGUAUGGACCACCAUAUUCUUGUGAACAGUGCAAGCAGCAGUGUGCAUUUGACAGGAAAGAUGACAGAAAGAAGGUAGAUGGGAAAUUGCUGUGCUGGCUGUGCACACUUUCCUACAAACGGGUCCUUCAGAAGACCAAAGAGCAGAGGAAGCAUCUAAGCAGCUCUUCCCGUGCCAGCCACCAGGAGAAGGAGCAAUACAGUCGCUUGAGUAGUGGCAGCCAUUAUAACAGCCAGAAAACACUUUCUACGUCUUCAAUUCAAAAUGAAAUCCCAAAGAAAAAGUCCAAGUUUGAGUCAAUCACAACCAAUGGAGACAGCUUUUCCCCAGACCUGGCUCUGGACUCACCAGGCACUGACCACUUUGUCAUCAUUGCCCAACUGAAGGAAGAAGUGGCCACUCUAAAGAAGAUGCUGCAUCAAAAAGAUCAGAUGAUUUUAGAGAAAGAGAAGAAGAUCACAGAGUUGAAGGCUGAUUUUCAAUACCAAGAAUCUCAGAUGAGAGCCAAAAUGAACCAAAUGGAGAAAACCCACAAAGAAGUCACAGAACAAUUGCAGGCCAAAAACAGAGAGCUUCUGAAGCAAGCAGCUGCCUUGUCCAAGAGCAAGAAGUUGGAGAAGUCAGGAGCUAUAACCUCUCCGUGA